UUUCUCCAGGUGCUGUACACGGAGCUGGCUUGGAGCCUCAGCCCUCUGCCUUCCUCUUCUCUUCCAUCUUUUGUUAGGGAUCCUGGGCUCUCCUCUUCUCUCUGAGAAGCCAGAGCCCAAGUGUUCCAUUCCCAGGGAGGGACUGCCCUUAGGGCCAGGGAGAGUGAAGGCCGGAAGAGGCACCAGCUGGAGAAGGAGGGCAGGGCCUGGAAGGGAAGGAGCUGCUGGCCAAUCAGGGGUGAGCCGACUGCACCCUGACCUGCUGGGCUGGGACAGCACAGGACCCACCGUAUCUGCUGCUGUCCACACCCUCCAGCUUGGUGUCCUGGGACCACAUGGGGAUGAUGCCGUGGCUUCUUGUCUUCUCUGCUCUGGGUCUCCAGGCCUGGGGUGAUUCCUUCUGGAACAAAACACAAGAGAAACAGCUCUCAGAGGGGCUUCAGUACCUAUUUGGCAACAUCUCCCAGCUUACUGAAAAAGAUGUCUCUGCCAUGGUCUCUCGCAAGGCAUGGGGGGCAGAAGCUGUUGGCUGCAGUACUCAGCUGACCACACCAGUGAAUGUCCUAGUUAUACACCACGUCCCUGGACUGGAGUGUCACGACCAGAGAGUCUGCAGCCAGAGACUGCGGGAACUGCAGUCCCAUCAUGUCCACAAUAACAGUGGGUGCGACGUGGCUUACAACUUCCUGGUUGGGGACGAUGGCAGGGUGUAUGAAGGUGUUGGCUGGAGCAUCCAAGGUGUGCACACCCAGGGCUACAACAACAUCUCCCUGGGCUUUGCCUUCUUCGGCACUAAGAAAGGCUAUAGUCCCAGCCCUGCUGCCCAGUUGGCCAUGGAAAAUCUAAUCUCCUACGCUGUCCAGAAGGGCCACCUGUCAUCCAGUUACGUUCAGCCACUUCUUGUGAAAGGCGAGAACUGCCUGGCCCCUCGACAGAAGGAGAGCCUGAAGAAAGCUUGCCCCAGCAUUGUCCCACGGUCUGCAUGGGGGGCCAGGGAGACCCACUGCCCCAGGAUGACCCUCCCAGCGAAAUAUGGCAUCAUUAUCCACACUGCUGGCAGGACCUGCAACAUUUCUGAAGAGUGCCGCCUGCUGGUCCGGGACAUCCAGUCUCUCUACAUAGACAGGCUCAAGUCAUGCGACAUUGGGUAUAACUUCCUUGUGGGCCAGGAUGGCGCCAUUUAUGAAGGGGUGGGCUGGAAUGUCCAAGGCUUCUCCACCCCUGGCUAUGAUGACAUCGCCCUGGGCAUCACCUUCAUGGGCACAUUCACAGGUACACCACCAAAUGCUGCAGCACUAGAGGCAGCCCAAGACCUGAUCCAGUGUGCCAUGGUCAAGGGGUACCUGACUCCCAACUACCUGCUGGUGGCCCACAGUGAUGUAGCCAGAACCUUGUCUCCUGGACAGGCUUUGUACAACAUCGUCAGCACCUGGCCUCAUUUCAAACACUGAAGAAGCCCCAGGUCCUUCUGAGACUGCUCCCUCCCCUGUCAGGUCUCUCCUGUCCUCACCAUCUGCCUUGGCUCAACACCUUGUGUCCUCCACCCCUGCCACCCUGUUCUGUGCCUCCUUUUUCAGAUUUGAAGGAUCAUGUUCUCUCCUUCCAACACCCUCCAAGGGCCCCCAGACCUCAUAGCUGGACAUUCACAGUCCUCUGACUCUGAGUCAGACUUCCUCUCUCCUUAUCGUCCUCUCCCUGGGAACCCGACUCCUGAGCCAGGUGAGGCAAUGGGCUGGUUCUUGUUGCAUUUCUCUCUCUCUCUCUUUCUCUAACUGUCUCUCUCACUUUUGCUCUCCAUGACCCUCUGCCUUGUGAGCCUUCCCCUGGUAUCUGCCUGGCAGCCCCCAGUCUCCACCCCUCACCUCUCAACCAUAAUUCAGGUCAAUGUGACCACCCUUCUUUGCUUACACAUAAACUUGUAUAUAUUUGGAUGCAGCCCUCAUUUAAGGGCUGUCAUUAUUUAUAGAUGUCUCUAUUCUUGCUCCUGGGUUGUGAGUUUCUCCACAGGGGAGGACCUGUCUUUUAUUCAUCUCUAUGUCCUCAGUUUCUCAGCAGUGUCUGAAAUUUAAUAAGUUCUACUGAUGUUUACUAGAUAAACAGAUGAAUAAAUGAAUGAAGACAUCCAAA